AAGAUAGAGCUAAGAGCCGCAAAUUCAUGGAGCCCUAGCCUUACAGUUAGCUCACAGAUGAUGUCCCAAAUGCGAAAGGAUAGUCGGGGACGACGGAUAUGGCGGCGAAGGAGAUUGACUAAAAAGGAUGAAUACUUGCCGUUCAAGAUGGAGCGGGUACCUUUCCUGGAGGAGCAAGUUCGGAUUAUAAAGGAGCAGGGGAAACUGUUGACAUUGGAUAUAUACAAGUUGUUGUUAUCAGAGGACAAUCAGUUUGAUUUUGUGAAUGAGAUAGCAGCUGAGGCAAAUGAAUAUGUUGAGAACAAUGUAGAUGAGUAUGGAGGUGAGAAGAAGGCCAUUCUUCAUGUUCUGAGCAACAGAAUGAACGAUAUGGGGUUUCCCCGACCAGAUGCAUAUGCCGAGUCUGAUCCCUUCAAGCCCGGGCCUGAUUAUUUGAAACAAGAGUUCACAUGAGUUCAAAUCAAAUGUUACGCCGAUAUCUUAAAGUAGGUUUGAAAAAUCAAACUUUUGCUUCACUUGCAUAGUUGAUGUUAGUCUAUGUUGGCUGUAGUUAUUUGUAUGUGUACAAUUAAAAGCUAUCUUGAAAGUAUAUUUAAAAAAGAAUGACUGUAUUGUGCAAUUACACCAUUGUUCUA